AUGCGGCUUGGGCUGUGUGUGGUGGCCCUGGUUCUGAGCUGGAUGCAUCUCACUGCUGGCAGCCGGGGGAUCAAGGGGAAGAGACAGAGGCGGAUCAGUGCCGAGGGGAGCCAGGCCUGCGCCAAAGGCUGUGAGCUCUGCUCUGAGGUCAACGGCUGCCUCAAGUGCUCGCCCAAGCUGUUCAUCCUUCUGGAGAGGAGCGACAUCCGCCAGGUGGGCGUCUGCUUGCCGUCCUGCCCGCCUGGAUACUUCGAUGCCCGCAACCCCGACAUGAACAAGUGCAUCAAAUGCAAGAUUGAGCACUGCGAGGCCUGCUUCAGCCACAACUUCUGCACCAAGUGCAAGGAGAGCUGGUACCUGCACAAGGGCCGCUGCUACCCGGCCUGUCCUGAGGGCUCCACCGCUGCCAAUGGCACCAUGGAGUGCGGCAGUCCUGCGCAAUGUGAAAUGAGCGAGUGGUCCCCGUGGGGGCCGUGCUCCAAGAGGAAGAGGCUCUGUGGUUUCCGGAGGGGCUCUGAGGAGCGGACACGAAGGGUGCUCCAUGCGCCCGGCGGGGACCACGCCGUCUGCUCGGACACCAGAGAGACCCGGAGGUGCACAGUGCGGAGGACGCCCUGUCCCGACGGGCAGAGGAGGAGGAAGGGAGGCCAGGGCCGGCGGGAGAACGCCAACAAGAACCCCAGCAGGAAGGAGAGCAAGGAGGCGGGCGCCGGCUCCCGGAGACGCAAGAGUCAGCAGCAGCAGCAGCAAGGGACAGUGGGGCCACUCACAUCUGCAGGGCCCACCUAG